AUGAGUUGUUUCGGUUGUUGUGAGGAGGAUGACAUGCAUAAAGCUGCUGGUAAUGGGCCGUACACUACCACUAAUGCUGCAGGCAAUCAUGCAGGCUAUCACGCAAAAGAAACAGAACAUAAGGAGAAACAGACUAUCAGCAUGCAACCGAUUGCUGUGCCUACCAUUCCAGUAGACGAGUUGAAGGACAUUACUGAUAAUUUUGGUUCAAAUUCGUUAAUUGGUGAGGGGUCCUAUGGAAGGGUUUACCAUGGAGUCUUGAAAAGUGGGCUUGUGGCAGCAGUUAAAAAGCUCGACUCCAGCAAGCAGCCAGACCAAGAAUUUCUAGCACAGGUCUCAAUGGUAUCAAGGCUAAAGCAUGAGAAUGUGGUUGGGCUGCUUGGUUACUGUGUCGAUGGUGGUCUUCGUGUCCUUGCAUACGAGUAUGCUCCUAAUGGGUCACUACAUGACAUCCUUCAUGGACGUAAAGGAGUCAAAGGUGCACAACCGGGUCCCGUCUUGUCAUGGUCUCAAAGAGUUAAAAUUGCUGUUGGGGCUGCUAGAGGACUUGAAUACUUGCACGAGAAGGCACAGCCACAUGUCAUUCACCGUGACAUCAAAUCGAGCAAUGUUUUACUCUUUGAUGAUGAUGUGGCUAAGAUUGCAGAUUUUGAUUUGUCCAAUCAAGCUCCUGACAUGGCAGCUCGUCUUCAUUCUACUCGUGUUCUUGGGACUUUUGGUUAUCAUGCCCCCGAAUAUGCAAUGACCGGCCAGCUAAGCUCAAAGAGUGAUGUGUAUAGCUUUGGAGUCGUACUUCUUGAACUCUUGACCGGCCGUAAGCCAGUUGACCAUACUCUUCCUAGGGGACAACAGAGUCUUGUGACAUGGGCCACGCCAAAGCUAAGCGAAGACAAGGUUAAGCAGUGCGUCGAUGCUAGGCUCGAUGGAGAAUACCCUCCCAAGGCAGUUGCUAAGAUGGCUGCAGUUGCUGCUUUGUGUGUGCAAUACGAAGCAGAAUUUCGACCAAACAUGAGCAUUGUAUGGAAGCAAGGAAGCGGCAGAUUCCAGCUGCGUGACCUUUUAGUGGCGACCGACGAGCGAAAAGAGGCGAGCGUUCUAGCAGCGACUGUGACUCCAAACGACCAAGUGGCAGCAGCGGCAAGGCAGCUUCUUACGCGGCGUGACCUUGGAGUGGCCACCGACGAGCAACAAGAGGCGAGCGGGCCAGCAGUGGCUGUGACUCCAAACGACCAGGUGGCAGCGGCGGCAAGACAACUUCUUACGGUAUUGAUGGCUUAA